AUGGUAUUCUAUCUUGCUUUUAUGACCACGUUACACCUGAAAGGGAAGUAUAAACUAGAACCAGUGCAUUUCUUUGUGUCCAGUACAACUUCUCCCCAUUCCAAGGCCCAGUCUUAUAUUCCCAAAGAUAGCAAACUGUCUGAAGAGCAAAUUAGCCAUCACCUUAUGGAUUUUGGAGGUAUUGCCAAAAUUGAAGUUGCUGAAGACAAGCAACUUUUGCAACAAUAUAUUCCCAUACUGAGCACCAUCUACCGUGGAGAGAUGUACCUCUUUGAGUCUGAGGAUCCUACUAAUUCUUACUUCCUGCUUGUGAUGAAGGAGGCUGACAUUCAUGAAGAUGACAACAUUGCAAUCAUUGAUGUACCUGUCCCCAGUUUCUCUGAUAGUUCCCCUGCAGCAAUUAUUCAUGACUUUGAAAUGGAAAUGACUGUGUACCUGGACUUGCUGCUGGAAAACUGCUAUCUGAUGCUCCUCAAUACCUCUAUUGUUAUGCCUCCCAAGAAUAUGGUAGAGCUCUUUGGCAAGCUGGCAAGUGGUGAAUACUUGCCCCACACUACUGUAGUUAAAGAAGACCUGGUUUCCAUGGAAGAAAUUCAUGAUGUUAGUAACCUUGGCAUUUUUAUUUACCAACUUUGCAACAACAGAAAAUCCUUCUGCUUCUCCCUUCAUUGCAGAAAUUUGUUGCUCAGUUUCAACAAACAUGUUAUUGAUAAAUGCUGGAAGAUUAGACACUUUCCCAGUGAAUUUAUUGUUGAAACAAAGAUCUAUUAA